AUAUGGCUGAGGCAAUGGCGUUGUGUCUGGUGUAAGCAAACCCAGACAGUGGGCAAGCAUGAAACCCAAGCACAGAAAGAUAGCCACAAGACAGUGGACCAGGAGUGCUGUGGCCUACCGCACUAGGUCUGCUUCCGUGACCACGAUGUCUCUGAGUAAGAAGGGCAGGCCAUCUCUGCAGAAGCAAAAGAGAGCCAGGCCUUCCCUGGCCCUGAGUAACAUUAUCGGCUGCAGAAUUUCUCAUGGAUGGAAAGAAGGAAAUGAGCCCGUCACCCAAUGGAAGGCCAUUGUUCUAGACCAACUGCCGACAAAUCCCUCUCUCUAUUUGGUGAAGUACGAUGGGAUCGACUGUGUCUACGGCCUGGAGCUCCAAAGCGACGAAAGGAUUUCAAAACUUAAGAUCCUGCCUAAUAAGGUGUCAUUUCCUCAAGUGACAGACACCCACCUCGAAAACACCAUAGUUGGCAAAGCAGUAGAGCACAAAUUUGAGGGCAAAAAUGGCUGUAAAGAUGAGUGGAGGGGGGUGGUCCUGGCCCAGGUGCCCAUCAUGAAGACCUGGUUUUACAUCACCUACGAGAAAGAUCCGGUCCUGUACAUUUAUCAGCUCCUAGAUGAUUACAUUGAUGGUAACCUCCGCAUCAUGCCAGAGUCUCUUCCAACAGAGGUGAAGUCAGAAGUAGGCAGUGAUGUCUUGACAGGUAACUCCGUACAGUACACCCAAGGCGAUGGAACCAAAAAGACCGGCAAGGUCAUUUACCAAGUUCCAGCCAAACCUUCUGUGCAUUUCAUCAAGUUUGAUGACGACACCCAUAUCUACGUCUACGAUUUGGUGAAAAAGAUCCGUUAAAGAGAAAUUCACGAAGUGUGGGAAGACAGACGUAUAACGCAUAGAAUUGUGGGGGGAGGGGGGAAUGUUUGAUUUUUUUCUCGGUGUCAGAUGCCUAAGGGUCUCCAAUAACCCUGGUAUCUUUUCCAAUGGAAUUUGUUUUACUCUAAAAAUAAAAAUUUGUGAACACGAAAA